AUGGCUGUGGAUGCCCGUCUGAUGCCAUACUCUGCCCCCAAUACCCCCGAGCCGCGUUUGGUUCGAUCUACUGCUUCAACACCUUCCCUGCGAUCUCGCGAUGGUACGCUGCCCAUGCUCGCUAGGAUGGAUGGAGGCGGCAAUGUCAGAGUCGUUGUUCGUGUGAGGGCCUUUCUGAAAAGAGAACUCGAGCGCAAUACACGAUGCCUUGUCAAAAUGCACCCCGUCUCUCAACAAACAACGUUACUGGCUCCAGACGAAGAGGAGCAGCCCGGCCCCAAGUCGAAGUCUCGUAAAAUCACUGAAGACAAAAAUUUCACCUUCGACUCGUCCUUUUGGAGCCAUGACACAAACGAUGACCACUACGCACAUCAAGAAGACGUCUAUAACGCCCUCGGCGAAGAGUUUCUUGACCACAACUUUGAAGGCUACCAUACCUGUAUCUUCGCCUACGGCCAGACUGGCUCUGGCAAGAGCUAUACCAUGAUGGGCACCCCCGACCAGCCUGGUCUUAUUCCCCGAACUUGCGAAGACUUGUUUGAGCGUAUCCAGGCUGCCCAAAACGAAGACACAAAUAUUGCCUACAAUGUUCGCGUCUCCUAUUUUGAGGUCUACAACGAACAUGUCCGGGAUCUUCUUGUCCCUGUCAAUACAAGUCUCCCGCCCAACUAUCUCAAGAUACGCGAAUCACCGACCGAAGGCCCUUACGUCAAGGAUCUCACCGAAGUCCCUGUGCGCAGUAUCGGCGAGAUUCUGCGCCACAUGAAGAACGGCGACGCCUCCAGAACUACGGCUAGUACCAAGAUGAACGAUACCAGUAGCAGAAGUCAUGCGGUCUUUACCAUUAUGCUGCGCCAGAUUCAUCAUGACAUGGAGACGGAUGAGACGACGGAGCGCAGCUCACGUAUCCGACUUGUUGAUCUGGCUGGCAGUGAGCGGGCCAAAUCUACUGAAGCUACCGGUGCCCGUCUGCGCGAAGGCUCCAAUAUUAACAAGUCUCUCACCACUCUUGGCCGCGUCAUUGCUGCCCUCGCGGACCCAAAGACGCUUCGACCGGGCACCAAACGUAAGGAAGUAGUCCCUUACCGAGACUCGAUCCUCACUUGGCUGCUCAAGGAUUCUCUCGGUGGCAACAGUAAAACUGCGAUGAUUGCAUGCAUCGCCCCCUCCGAUUACGAUGAGACGCUCUCCACGCUACGAUACGCCGACCAAGCCAAGCGCAUCCGCACCCGCGCUGUUGUCAAUCAGGACCAAAUGUCCACUGCCGAACGCGAUGCUCAAAUUACUGCCAUGGCUGACGAAAUUCGUUCGCUACAAAUGUCUGUAUCUGACUCAUCGCGACAGCGCGAAAAGAACGCCAAAGACGCUGAGGAGCGUCUUGAUGAGUACCAGCAACGCGUCACGACAAUGCAACGCCUCAUGGAAGAGCGGGGGAUGGUGGCCGAGAGCAAGAUCAAAAAGUUGCAAACAGAGAAUGAGGCCCUCAAGCUACAUCUCAAGCUAGCCAUUGAGAGCAUAAAGAACCCCAUUUCCCCUGUGCAGGUCGACUCGUUUGACAACGAGAGCAAGGAGAAUGUUGCGAACAGUAUCCAUGAGGAUCAAUCUGACGAAGAGGACGAUGAUUAUGAUUACGACUCCGAUAGCACAGUCAAUGGCGGCGACGAGUUGCAGGAGGAGAUGCAGCGCUACCUACAGGACAUGGGCAAUCUACGCAAGCUCAUUGGCGGCGAUUUGCUGCGGUUCAAAGACGAGGCAAGUGUUCGCAUGCCACUUGGUGUGAGGGAGAAUGUAUAG